AUGGCCGUAAUUCGCCAUACGAGACACAGAUCCCAUUCCGCAUUCCCCAUUCCGCAUUCCCCAUUCCGCAUUCCCCAUUCCGCAUUCACCAUUCCGCAUUCCCCAUUCCGCAUUCCCCAUUCCGCAUUCCCCAUUCCGCAUUCCCCAUUCCGCAUUCCCCAUUCCGCAUUCCCCAUUCCGCAUUCCCCAUUCCGCAUUCCCCAUUCGGCAUUCACCAUUCCGCAUUCCCCAUUCCGCAUUCGCCAUUCCGCAUUCCCCAUUCCGCAUUCCCCAUUCCGCAUUCCCCAUUCCGCAUUCCCCAUUCCGCAUUCCCCAUUCCGCAUUCCCCAUUCCGCAUUCCCCAUUCCGCAUUCCCCAUUCCGCAUUCCCCAUUCCGCAUUCCCCAUUCCGCAUUCCCCAUUCCGCUCUCCCCCUUCCGCAUCCCCCCUUCCGUGCCGCCCCUUCCGCGUUCCCCCUUCCGCGUUCCCAUUUCCACAUUCCCCCUUCCGCAAUCCCCCUUUAGCGUCCCCCCUUCCGCCAACCCCCUUCCGCAUUCCGCCUUCCGCCUUCCCCCUUCCGCGUUCCCCCUUUCGCGGUAACCCUUUGGCAUUCCCCCUUCCGCGUUGUCCUUCCUCGUUCCCGCUUCCGCAUUCCCCCUUCCCCAUCCCCCUUGCGCAUCCCCCCUUCCGCAUUCCCCCAUCAGGCCCCAUGUUUCCCCCCAUCAGGCCCCAUGUUUCCCCCCAUCAGGCCUCAUGCUCCCCCCCAUCAGGCCCCAUGUUCAGGCCCCAUGCUUCCCCCCCAUCAGGCCCCAUGUUUCCCCCCAUCAGGCCCCAUGCUUCCCCCCAUCAGGCCCCAUGUUUCCCCCCAUCAGGCCCCAUGUUUCCCCCCAUCAGGCCCCAUGUUUCCCCCCAUCAGGCCUCAUGCUCCCCCCCAUCAGGCCCCAUGUUCAGGCCCCAUGCUUCCCCCCCAUCAGGCCCCAUGUUUCCCCCCAUCAGGCCCCAUGUUUCCCCCCAUCAGGCCCCAUGUUUCCCCCCAUCAGGCCCCAUGUUUCCCCCCAGCAGGCCCCAUGUUUCCCCCCAUCAGGCCCCAUGUUUCCCCCCAUCAGGCCCCAUGUUUCCCCCCAUCAGGCCCCAUGCUUCCCCCCAUCAGGCCCCAUGUUUCCCCCCAUCAGGCCCCAUGUUUCCCCCCAUCAGGCCCCAUGCUUCCCCCCAUCAGGCCCCAUGUUUCCCCCCAGCAGGCCCCAUGUUUCCCCCCAUCAGGCCCCAUGUUUCCCCCCAUCAGGCCCCAUGUUUCCCCCCAGCAGGCCCCAUGUUUCCCCCCAUCAGGCCCCAUGUUUCCCCCCAUCAGGCCCCAUGUUUCCCCCCAGCAGGCCCCAUGUUUCCCCCCAUCAGGCCCCAUGUUUCCCCCCAUCAGGCCCCAUGUUUCCCCCCAUCAGGCCCCAUGCUUCCCCCCCAUCAGGCCCCAUGUUUCCCCCCAUCAGGCCCCAUGUUUCCCCCCAUCAGGCCCCAUGCUUCCCCCCAUCAGGCCCCAUGUUUCCCCCCAUCAGGCCCCAUGUUUCCCCCCAUCAGGCCCCAUGCCCCAUGUUUCCCCCCAGCAGGCCCCAUGUUUCCCCCUGCAGGCCCCAUGUUUCCCCCUGCAGGCCCCAUGUUUCCCCCUGCAGGCCCCAUGCUUCCCCCUGUAGGCCCCAUCUUUCCCCAUGCAGGCCCAUGCUUCCGCCCCCUGCAGGCCCCCUGCCCCAUGUUUCCCCCUUCAGCCCCCGUGUUUCCCCUUGCAGGCCCCCUGUUUCCCCCAUCAUGUCCCCUGUUUCCCCCUGCGAACCCCCUGCUGGGUUAUGAGUGCAUCGCUGCUCACAGCAGCAUGGAAAGUGCUCACCAGCAAAGGAACCACUCAGACCGCAUAAUCUUACUCACCUUCGCUUGUCACAUCCUCUUUUCCCACCCUACCCUUCCCUUCCAAGGUGCCAAGGUGAGUGCAUCGCUGCUCACAGCAGCAUGGAAAGUGCUCACCAGCAAAGGAACCACUCAGCCCGCAUACUCUUACUCACCUUCGCUUGUCACAUCCUCUUUUCCCACCCUACCCUUCCCUUCCAAGGUGCCAAGGUGCCAAGGUGCCAAGGUGAGUGCAUCGCUGCAAACAGCAACGUAUGGAGUGCUCACCAACAAGGGAACCUGGUGCCUGACCACACUCUUACUCACCUUUGCCACUCACAUCCUCUUUUCCCUCCCUCCCCUUCCCUUCCAAUAUUGGGUGAACACUCUUACUCACCUUUGCCAUUCACCUCCUCUUUUCCCUCCCUCCCCUUCCCUUCCAAUGUUGGGUGGUGAGUGCAUCGCUGCUCACAGCAACGUGAGGAGUGCUCACCAGCAAAGGGACCUCCCUUCCAGAACACUCUUAGUCACCUUCGCCACUCACAUCCUCUUUUCCCUCCCUCCCCUUCCCUUCCAAGGCGCCGUAGUGAGUGCAUCGCUGCGAACAGCAGUACUGGGCGGUGAGUGCAUCGCUGCUCAUCUUAGCGUGUGGAGCGCUAAGAUCCGACUGGCUUGCCAACUGGGGUCGCUCAAUCGCCUGGUCUCUCUUGACCCGUUGGCCAUUCGGGCUGCUCUCCUCGCUGGUCUGCCCCUUGCUGCCAACCCCGCCUGGUGGGUGCAUUGCACGCUGCACAGGUACCCCCCUGCUAGCCCUCCCUUCCCCGCCCUCCCCUCCCCCUAA